AAGGGCUCCUGGACCCCACCAGCCCCAGCUGCCCUCCAGCAGCAACCCCCCACAGCAGCAACAGCAGCAACAGCAGCAGCAACAGCAACAACAGCAGCAGCAACAACAACGGCAGCAACAAGAACAACAGCAGCAGCAACAAGCACAACAACAGCAACAACAACAGCAGCAGCAGCAAGAGCAGCAGCAGCCGGAACAGCAGCAGCAGCAGCAGCAGGCGCAGCAGCUGCAGCAAUCCCGAAAUGAGCGAGAGCACCAUCAGCAGCAGCAGCAGCAGCAGCGGGCUGUCCGCGGCUUCGCGGGAGCUGCUGCGGGUGCUGCACGGGCAGGGCGUUCUUCUGUUUGGCAACUUCACUUUGAAAAGCGGAAGGAAAUCUUUUUUCUUUUUUAAUUCCGGGAAAAUAAACGAUGGAAAGAGUUUGCGAGCAGCAGCAGAAGCACUGGCGAGCUGCCUAUACACCCGAAACCUGCGCUUCGACCUGCUCUUCGCGCCCGCCUACAAAGGCAUCCCGCUGGUGUGCUGCACCGCCGUGGCGCUUUCAUAUCUUUUUAAUUUAAAAGUUCCUUUUCUCUUCGACAGAAAAGAAGAAAAGCAACACGGAGAGGGAGGCGCCUUCAUUGGAGCCACCGAGCUGCUGCUGCAACACACCAGCAGCAGCAGCAGCAGCAGCAGCAGCAGCGGAGCCAUCGAAGCAGGCCAGACCGAGCCGCAGCAGCAGCAGCAGCAGCAGCAGCAGCAAAGGGAGGUUCGCGUGGUGUUGUUGGAUGAUGUUUUGACUUCUGGAACAGCUUUAAAAGCUUCCAUUAAAAAGAUAAAAAGUGCAGCAGCAAAUUGUUCUGUUGCUGCUGCUGUUGUGCUGCUGGACAGAGAAGAAGUGGCGGAGGGCAGCAGCAGCAGCAGCAGCAUUUCUGCUGCUGCAGCACUGGAGCAAGAGUUCAAAAUCCCAGUAAUAUCUCUUUUGAAGAUAAAUGAAUUGCUGCUGUUUUUAGAAGAAUUAAUUGCAGAAGAAAUAAAUCCAGAAAAGAAAAAAGAACUGCAGCAGCAGCUAACCCUCAUGCAGCAGCACAGGCAGCACCUGCAGUGUCAGCUGCAGCAGCAGCAGCACCCAGCAGCAGCAUCAGCAGCUGUUGCGGCAUCAGCAGCAGCUGCAGCACCAGCAGCUGUUGCGGCAGCAGCAGCUGCUGCAGCAUCUGCAGCAUCGGCAACUGAUGCGGCAGCAGCAGCAGCAUCACAUGCAACUGCUGCAUCAGGUGUAGCAGCAGCUGCAGCAUCAGCAGCAACCGCUGCAUCAGAUGCAGCAGCAACUGCAGCAUUAGCAGCUGCUGCGGCACCAGCAGCUGCAGCAGCUGCAGCCAGCGUUGCAGCAGCAACAGGUGUAGCCGUAGCAGUCAUAACAGCAGCAUCUACUACAGCAGCAGCAUCUACUACAGCAGCAACAGCAGCUGCAACAGCAACAGCAGCUGCAGCAGCAACAGCAGCUGCAGCAGCAACGGCAGCUGCAGCAGCAGCAUCUGCUACAGCAGCAACAGCGGCUGCAACAGCAACAGCUGCUGCAGCAGCAACAGCAGCUGCAGGACCAGCAGCAGCAAGCGUAGCACACUCUACUGCAGCGGUAACGACAGCUGCUGCAGCUGCAGCAGAAGCUGUAGCAGCGGCACCUGCUGCAGCAGCUGCAGCAGCAGCAUCUACCGCAGCAGCAACAGCAGCAGCAGUUGUAGCAGCAGCAGCAGCAGCUGUUGCAGCAGCUGCAGCAGCCACAUGGGGGUUUUGUUUGCAGCAACUGCUUCUGUCGAAAGUUUCGUCUUGUCA